AAGCAAACGUGUUUUGCACCACUGCAUACUCGGCGAGAUGCAAGUUAACAAUGACCUCUGGCUGUCCUCGUCACCGUGUAUUCCGCUAUCCAGCCCCCAGCCACUUCACUUGCCACGAGACGUUGCGACUCUUGGGGUUGCUUCCAACAUGUUUGCCCUGACUCGCGCGACCGCUGAUGUAACCGACCCUUCUACCGUCGAUGCCAACUCCCCUAACCGCUAGGUCACUGCAUCAGCAGACAGCAUGCACUUGCAUAGUCCUCGCACGUCUACACGUAUCAAAUGCAAGCCUGUUACUGUUCCAUUACCUGUUUCGUGGCAAGCGCUUGUCCAGAGUCUUGUCUGCCACUCACUGCCCCAUAAGACGAACAGCCUGUGACCCUGUUAGUUUGCUGAUCAUAGACUGGCCUGACCACAUCUGACUGAAUCCUCCUUCCCACUACACAUCCGCGACAUGCGCACACACCUCUCUUCAUAAUGGCCGAGUCUACGUCUUAUGACGCGACUGCUCACAACGGGAACACAGAGUUCCACUCGCCGCGACCGCGCAAACCCACGAGGAUCGAUUUGCUCAAGCCUCAACUUAGCGAUGAAGCGUUUAACAAGAAUGGCACGCUCCGGGAACCUGGGUCCGGCGUCUCUAGUGGAAGAAGUACACCCAUACCCCCAGAUGCCCCGCCUUCCGUCCAGGCUUCCUCUUCGGCGCGGCGACAGAUACGCGCUCAGCGCAAGCAGCGCAUGUUCCCUACCAUCGACUACGUAGAUCGCGUCUCCCACUUCGACCCAAACAGCGACUAUCAUGAUUUCCGCGGCUUCUUCGUUCUGUUCUGGAUCGGACUCGCCAUCAUGGUCCUUACAUCGAUGCUACGAAACCUGACUGAGACGGGAUAUCCCUUCCAGAUCAGACAGUGGGCGCUUUUCAAGGAGAAGGUUGUCGAGCUUGGUCUGGUUGACGGUGCCAUGGUGUUCAGCACCGCUUUGUCGCUGCCCCUGCAGAGACAAUUCCUCAAGGAAGGGCCCCUGCGUUGGAACGCGUCCGGUCUGGUUGUACAGAGCAUAUUCCAGACAAUAUGGCUAGCUUUCUGGACUACAUACCCUUUCAUUCGCGACUGGAGCUGGACUGCCCAGGUCUUCUUCACUCUGCAUCUACUUGCAAUCUUCAUGAAAAUGCACUCCUAUGCAUUCUACAACGGUCAUCUUAGCGAAACCCUACGCCGCUUGAACGAUCUCGAUACACCUGACAAGGCUAGCAAAGUAGCCGCGGUUCGCUAUCCGAGUUCCAGUACUCAUCUGCACGAGAUCCCACAGUCUCCCUCCCAAGAAGAGCCCGAUCCUAAAAAGGCAAACGCAGAGUAUUUGAGCCAACUGAGAGAAGACCUCGCGUUGGAGCUUGCUUCGCCUCUUGGUAACGUCUCAUACCCCAACAACCUCACCCUCUACAACUUUGUCGACUUUGUCUUUUGUCCGACCUUGUGCUAUGAGCUUGAGUAUCCUAGAAACGCCAGUAUUCGCUGGUUGGAGGUCUUCUACAAAACUCUGGCCGUAUUCGGAUGCAUCUUCCUGAUGAUCAUCACUGCAGAGGAGUUUAUAUUGCCGGUGCUCGACGUAUCAGCUGUGCGACUCCAAAACUCAAAUGGCGCUACAGAUUUCACCUUGAUUCUCAGCGAGACUAUCGGUCGCCUCCUUUUCCCUUUUAUGAUUACCUUCCUGCUAGUCUUCCUCGUCAUAUUUGAAUACAUCCUGGGUGCCUUUGCGGAGAUAACUCGUUUCGCCGACCGCCAGUUCUACGCAGACUGGUGGAAUAGUUGUGACUGGCUCGAAUUCUCGCGCGAGUGGAACAAGCCUGUUCACCAUUUCUUCCGAAGACAUGUCUACUCGGCCUCUAAGAACCACAUGUCGCGUCCUCUUGCUACGACAAUCACCUUUCUCAUUUCGGCUCUGGCACACGAACUAGUCAUGGGUUGCAUCACAAGAAAGUUCAGAGGCUACGGAUUCAUUGCGAUGAUGCUUCAGAUGCCGAUUGUGAUGCUGCAACGAAGCAAGUGGGUUAGGGGCCGCACUCUGUUGAACAAUGUCCUUUUCUGGUGCAGCAUGAUCUUGGGACUCAGCAUGAUGUGUGCUUUGUAUGUCCUUGUAUAAGUCGACGGGGAUUCAGCGCCUGCAUGGCGCGGAUUAGACUAGAUUGGAUUGGAUUGGAUUGAAUUGGCGCACUGUCUAGACUUGCAGAAUACCCCUCUCUACUACGUUGUCCAGUACGCUUAGAAUGGCAUGUUAGACUUGUGUUAGACAUGUAUAGCGUGUUCCAUGUGUAAUACAUGGGUCCAAGAGACUGGAGGAGUGAAAGUCGCAAUUUCGCAAGCCUCUCCGGACGUGUCCUAGUGUGACGUAGUGGCUACGGGCGUAUUCGUAUGCAGGGUGGCCAGGGAUACGUCGGU